UGUCCCCUGCCCAAUGCCCAGGCUAUUUUUGAGAUUCGUUUUAGAAUAAACUGAGUUUCAUCACAUCAGCCCAGCGCAACAGAAGUCCACUAAGGACAAAUCCCACAACAGACUUCCGGCUAGGAACCCCGUCCCCUAGGACACUCACUUCCGCCCAUACUAGGACGUCCACGGUGCCGCACUUCCGCCCUCAUUCCAGUAGUGUUCUCUCAAAAGCUAGGGCUUUUGAAUUUAGCAGUAGUAGCCAAUCAGAAUCAGCGGGAGGACGGACUCUGAGAGGGCGGAUGCUAAUUGGUUGGGGCUCCCCGGCCUGUGGGGAAGGCUUUGGGCACCUGCCUCGCUCCAUGUGAGGAUGACUGCCUCGCAAUCGCCCCAGAGCAGUUUUCCCGAAACAAGCAUCUUGCUGUCCUAGCAACUCAGUCAUCCCUGGCUCUGAGGUUACGGAUAUCAACCUCCAGCUCUGGUCCCUCCAGCUCUGGGCCCGUAACCUAUAAAGUCCAAAUGGGCCCCGCGGAGGGCUCGGCGAGGCCGGGCCGCUUCUUCGGCGUCUACCUGCUCUACUGCCUGAACCCUCGGCAUCGGGGCCGCGUGUACGUGGGUUUCACCGUCAACCCUGCGCGUCGGGUGCAGCAGCACAACGGAGGUCGCCAAAAGGGCGGAGCCUGGCGGACGAGCGGGAGAGGACCCUGGGAGAUGGUGCUCCUGGUGCACGGGUUCCCGUCCGCCGUGGCUGCGCUGCGGUUCGAGUGGGCCUGGCAGCACCCGAGCGCCUCGCGUCGCCUGGCGCACUUGGGGCGGCGCGUGCGCGGUGAGGCCUCCUUCGCCUUCCACCUGCGCGUGCUCGCGGCCAUGCUGCGUGCCGCGCCCUGGUUGAGGCUGCCGCUCACCGUGCGCUGGCUGCGCCCGGACUUCUGCCGUGACCUCUCUCCACCGCCACCUCCGCACAUGCCGCUGGCCUUCGGGCCACUGCCCGCACCCCAUGCCCCAAAGGACAGCAAGCAGGCGACAGGCCAGGGCGCAGAGGACCAGUGCACUCUGUGUGGCGGGGCGCUGCAGGAUGAAGAGGGCCCUCUGCGCUGUCCCCAUCCCGGCUGUCCCCUGCUGGCUCAUGUGAUCUGCCUGGCAGAGGAGUUCCUCCAGGCAGAGCCAGGGCAGCUUGUGCCCCUGGAGGGCCAGUGUCCCAGGUGUAAGAAUUCGCUGCUGUGGGGAGACCUGAUCUCACUGUGUCGCAUGGGAGCUGAGAAAGACGGUGAAGACUCAGAUUUAGAAGAGGGACACUGGACAGACCUGCUGGAGACCUGAUCCUCACUCACCAUUUCUUUUAUUCUCCUUUCUCCUUGAAUCUGUGUAGCUUUUACUUAAGUAAAUAAAAAUCUGAAAAAGAAUACUUUGUGCUGCGAGAGUG